AUGCUAUUCAUCUUCAGACUAACGCUGUUUUUAGUCAUUGGCUAUUUGCCAAACCGGUUCUACACAUGCACUGCCGAAAACACAGAACUCAAGGAUUACAAAUUUGGUAGUCAGUUCAGCCUCGAGAUCACGACAAAUCGUCGGAGAAGCUUGGGAAAUGUGCCACCAAGUGAACAAUACGUCAAUCAGAGUUCGCCGAUUGCUCUACAGGGUCAGCAACACAAAUUGCACUGUUUCUUCUCAGGA